AUGGGGUCUCCCAUCACCCCAGGACACAGCUUGAGCUGGAAGUGGCUGAGCCUGCAGGAUCCCCAGCGCCCCGACACCGGCUCCCGCGGGUACCUCCGUGUGAGCAUGGCCGUGCUCCGUGCCGGAGAGCCGGUGCUGGAGCAGGAGGAGCCGGAGGGAGACAAGGACGUGGAGGCCAAUCUGCUGCAGCCACCGCCGUGCGCUGCCACGCUGCAGCUCCGCAUCUACCGCGCUGAGGACCUGCCCCUGGCGGAGCCGGCCCUGCAGUGCCUCCCGUCGGUCGGAGGCAAGAGGAGCUUCGUGGCGGCUGCGGUGCGGGCCGGCUUUGCGGGCAGGACGCUCUGCACCCGAGUGAUGCCCCCAGGCCCCAGCCCGGUGUGGAACGAGGUCUUCUUCUUCCCACUGCGGCUGCCCCCCAUCUGUGAUGAGAUCCAGUUGGCCAUCCUCAGUGGGCCCCGCAGCAGCAAGGUCCUGGGCACCGCAACCCUUCACCUCUCCCACAUCUCCUCUGCCGGUGCUGAGCUUGAAGAGGGGACCCCCGGCUUCUUACCCUGCUUCGGACCCUGCUUCCUCCCCUUCUAUGGUCCCCGGGCGGAUGCUGCCAGGACAUCCAGCACUGACACCAACGUGGCUUAUCGGGGCCGGGUGCUGCUGGAGCUCAGCACCCAUAUGGAGACCCCAGAUGGGCACCAGCGCGGCACUAUUAACUCAGAGGACAUCAUCCGGGUGCAGUCUCACUUACCCCGCCACCGGUUCGGGCUCUGCGGGGUCUUCUACUCGGCCACCAUGGUACCAGCGGGUCCUGAGCUCCUGCGCUUCGAGCUCAGCCUGGGCAACCACGGGGACACGGGCGAUGUCACCUGCAAGCCGGCCGCCUCCGUCACCCCGCACGGGUGUCCCGUCUUUGAUGGCAACCGCUACCAUUACCUGCCGUGGUACGGGGACAAGCCGGUGGCGGCCGUCACCUCGGCUUGGGAGGAUGCUGCUCACCGUUGGGAUGCCCUAAACCUCCUGCGUUCCGUGUGCCAGCGGCUGGAGAAGAACGUGGUGGAGCUCCGGAGAGCCCCUGGGGACCCCGAGGGGGACAUCGGCAGGAGGCUGCUGAGGGAGCUGGCGCAGGACUGCAGGCGGGUGCUGCCGCUGCUGGAGGCUCAGCCCACCCCGACACCGCUGGACACCCAUCUCCGUGCCGCGCGGCUCCACUUGCUGCGGCGCAUGGCGGCGGCGGCGGCGAUGCCCCCGCGGGCCGGAUGGGCCACGCUGCUGCCCAUGGCCGAGGCCUGGCUGCGGAGCAUGGGAGCGCUGGUUGUGGAGCCGCAGGCCGCAGUCCCCGACGUGCUGCUGUGGAUGCUGCGGGGCGAGCGGCGCGUGGCCUGUGCCCGCAUCCCCGCACCUGACAUCAUGUUCUCCCGGAGCGGCCCCGGCGCCUGCGGCAGGUUCUGCGGGAGGCUCCGGACGCUCUUCCUGAUGGGCUCCGGGGACAUCCGUGCCCAGCUCCGGCUGCGGCUGUGGCUGGGGCCGGUGGCCGACAGCGGGGACCUGCCCCGGCUCAUCGAGGGCUCCCUGCGCAUCUACGCCGAGACCUACGAGAACCAGACCAAGCUGUUGGGCAAGUGGGGGCCCCGCGGGCUCCCGGGCUCCCCGUGCUUCUCCGACGGCGCGGGCAGAGCCGAGCUCCCUCGGCACCGCAUCCGGCCCCCCAGGGGCUGGCGCUGGGAUGGACCCUGGAGCGUGGAGCCCCAGCGCCGGCUGCUGCUGGACACGGAGACCAACAUGGGCGAGGUGCUGGAGGAGGUCUACGAGAACGAGAGCCGGGGGCCUGGUGGGGACUGGGGACCCGCCACCGUGGCCAGCACCGAUGCUAGCGGUGAGGAGGUGCCCCCCAAGGAGGAGGUGCUGUGUCCCCAAGGAUGGCACGUCACCGACGGCUGGAGGGUGGAUGUGAUGGGGGCCGUGGAUGAGGCUGGUUGGGAGUACGGAGCGAGCGUGGCCCCCAGCAGCCCCCCGGCAGCAUGGCACCCCACAGAGAAGACCUACCACACACACCGGCGCCGGCGCUGGCUGCGCACCCGCCGCAGGGACCCCGGCGCACAGGAACCGGAGCAGGAUAUGGCCACCUUUCUGCAGCUGCACAGAACCGAGUCUGCAGCCGGCUCCGAGGCUUGGGAAUACGGAUCCUUAUGGAGCAGCCGCUUCCACCUGCAGCCGCGGGCGGGCGACGUUUGCCGGCGGCGCUGCUGGCACCGGCACAUGGUGCCCGAGCAGCCCCCGCCCGUGGCGCCCCUCUUCCUCCUCGAGGGGUCCCCGGGCACGGAGGACACGGCCGGGGAGGAGGAGCCGGCUGCAGAGAAGCGGAGGACAUGGGGCUUGCUCCAGCCCGCCCCGAAGCAGCCGCUGCCCCUCAUCCUCUGCACCUUCCAGCGUCCCAACUUCUUCCAGCUCCGCUGCUACAUCUUCCAGGCGCUGGAGCUGUCGCCCCGCGGCACCAAGUCCACUGCAGACCCCGUCGCCCACGUCUCCUUCGUGUACGUCAGUCAGAGCACACGGGUGCUGCUCCGCACCCUGGACCCGCUUUGGGACCAGACGCUGCUUUUCCACCGGGUGCUGCUCUAUGGGGACCCCCGGGGUGUCCAGGAUGAUCCCCCCGCUGUGGUGGUGGAGGUGUUCGACCAGGAUGGAGGGGGUGCUGGUGAUUUCCUGGGGAGGAGCGUGUGCACCCCAGAUGUUUGGCUGGAUGUGGGGCGCCGGAGGCCCCCCCGGCUCCAGCGUCACCCGCUGCGGGGCUCCGGAGGACCCGCUGGGGAGCUGUUGGCUGCUUUUGAGCUGCUGCAAGACACCGAGGAUGGGGCCCUGGCGCAGGUCAGCUCCCCCCCUUGGAGGCAGGGGGUCUUCAGUGUCCCUAUGGGUGUGCGGCCACUCCUGAGGCCGGUGGCAUUGGAGGUGCUGGCGUGGGGACUGCGGGGGCUGCGCGGGAGCGUGCGGGCUCCCAGCCUGGAGGUGCAGUGCGGGGGCCGGGUGCUGCGGACCCCCCCCAUCGCCGACCCCGCCUCCAACCCCAACUUCCCCAUCAACGCCUUCCUGCUGGUCCUGACGCUGCCCCUGGAGGAGGAGCUGAUGCCGCCCGUGCGGCUGCGGGUGCUGGACGUGCGGGACUUCGGGUACCGGCCCGAGGUGGGGCAGACGUGUGUGCGGGGGCUGGGGCAGCACCGCGGGCGGCCCCCCUGCCCCCGCCGCUCCUCGGGGCAGGAUAAAUUGGGUGAGUCCCUGGAUCCAUGGCACCCCUGGACACCGGGGGCCCAUCCCCGUGCCUCAGUUUCCCUGAGCAACCCCCUUUGCUGCUGCAGCUGCUGCCCGGGAUCAUCAGCAAGACGAAGGCUGAGGACAAGGUGGGCACAGGGAUGGGGACACCGGGGACACCGGGGACACCCUGUCCCUGUCCCCACCUCACCCCGCUUCCCGCAGGCAGAGGAGGAGGGUGAAGGGGAGGAGGAGGAUGACUGGUGGAGCAAGUUCUAUGCGGCCAUGGGGGACAAGGCAAAGAGCCGGCGGGGGACAAGCAGGGACAGCCUGAAGAUCUACAGCUGCGAGCUGGAGGCGGUGCCGGAGUUCGAGGGGCUGCAGGAUUUCUGCCGCUCCUUCCCUCUGUUCCCGCCGGGAGCACCCGCGGCGGGGGGGGAGGACCCGCAGCCGGUGGCCGAGUUCAAGGGGCUCUUCCACGUGUACCCCCUGCCCGAGGACCCCGCGGAGCCGCCGCCGCCGCGCCGCUUCCAGGACCUGCCCCCCAGCCAGCCCCAGCGCUGCCUCGUGAGGGUCUACGUGGUGCGGGCCUUCGACCUCCCCCCCCGCGACAGGAACGGGCUGUGUGACCCCUACGUCCGUGUGUCACUGGGAGCCGAGACGCUGGGGCAGCGGGACCAGUACGUGCCCAACACCCUGGAGCCCGUGUUUGGGAGGCUGUUCGAGCUGAUGGGCACCAUCCCACUGGAGAAGGACCUGCGGGUCUCACUGCUGGACUAUGACCUGGUGCCACCGGACCAGGAGAUCGGCACCACCACCAUCGACCUGGAGAACCGGCUCCUCUCCCGCUUCCGCGCCCACUGUGGGCUGCCCGCACUCUACUGCACCGCCGGCCCCGGGUGCUGGAGGGACCAGCUCCCCCCCAGCCAGACACUGGAGCACUUCGCCCGCACCCAGGGGCUGCCGGCACCCGAGUUCAACGCCGAGGGCACCGCGGUCACCUUUGGGGACCACAGAUUCCUCCUCAGCCACUUCGAGAGCGGCCCCCCCCAGCACCAGCACCCUGGGGUGCCCCGCGAGCGCCUGGCCCUGCACGUGCUCCGCGCCUGCCACCUCGUCCCCGAGCACCUCGAGACGCGCACCCUGUACAGCAGCACCCAGCCCGGGCUGGAGCAGGGCAAGGUGCAGAUGUGGGUCGAUGUGUUCCCCAUCAACCUCGGCCCCCCGGGCCCCCCCGUCGACAUCACCCCCCACAAGCCGCAGAGGUACGAGCUGCGCUGCGUGGUCUGGAACACGCGGGACGUGGAGCCGGGGGACACGAACCUCCUGGGGCAGCACAUGAGCGAUAUCUACAUCACGGGGUGGCUGGCGGGGCUGGAGGAGCAGCGGCAGAGCACGGACGUGCAUUACCGCUCGCUGGACGGGGCCGGAGCCUUCAACUGGCGCUUCGUGUUCCCCUUCGAGUACCUGGCGGCCGAGCAGCGCUGCGUGCUGCCCGCCAGGAAGCAUUUCUGGAGCCUGGAUGAGACGGUGCAGAAGGUGCCCCCGAAGCUCAUCCUGCAGGUGUGGGACAACGACAAGUUCUCGGCUGAUGAUUUUCUAGGAGUGCUGGAGCUGGACCUGACGCGGCUGCCCCGGCCCGCGCUGCACCCCCGGACCUGCUCCCUGGGGCACCCCCCGGAGGCGCUGGCCCUGGCCCUGGGGGGGCCGCGGACCCCCCCUUGCGUGUCCCUGUUCCGGCAGCGGCAGGCCCGGGGCUGGUGGCCCUGCGUGGCGAGCAGCGGCGGCGAGCGGCGGCUCUCGGGGAAGCUGGAGCUGAGCCUGGAGCUGCUCACGGCGAAGGAGGCGGAGGAGCGGCCGGCAGGGAGAGCCCGGCAGGAGCCCAACAUGUACCCAACGCUGCCGCCGCCAGUGCGGCCCGACUGGUCCUUCCUGUGGGUGCAGGCGCCGCUGCGCACCCUGCGCCAUGGGCUGUGGCGGCAGCACCGCGGCUGCAUCAGCCUGAGCCUGGCACUGCUGCUGCUCUUUGCGCUGCUCCUCACCUUCGUCUACGCCGCGCCGGGUUAUUUGGCCAUGAAGCUGGUAAACCCAUUCCAGGGCUUGCACAUCGGUGGUGAGGGCGGCAUCGGCAAGCACCGUGCAGCGGGUGCUGAGCACCACAAGGGUGCUGCUCACAAACCCUGA